CGCCGUAUUUGUUGAGUAGUGUCACCGUGUGUGUACUUAAGUUCUCAACAUCUGUUUAAACUGCUGCACACGCCGAACCAGUAACAAUGCAGGAUCCAAAUGAGGACACAGAGUGGAAUGAUGUUCUGCGAGCGAGAGGAGUUAUCCCCCCUAAGGAGGUGGAGGUUAAUGAGGAGGACAUUGUUAACAUGGUGGAACAGUCCAUUGAGGAUAAGAGUCAAGGUCGAAGUCUUGACGAGAUGACACUUCAGGAAUUAGAUGAAAAUGAAGACAGCGUUGAUGAAGAAGAGGAGAGGUUAUUCGAGGAAUACAGACGUAAGAGGAUAGAGGAGCUACACGAAGCUCAGAGGAAGGCGAACUAUGGCAGCGUGGUGGAAAUCUCUAAAGCAGACUGGGUGACACAGGUGAACGAGGCGGGGAGCGGGGUGUGGGUCGUCAUCCACAUCUAUAAACAAGGCAUUCCACUGUGUACAUUACUGAACCAAUACCUCUCGAUCCUAGCAAGAAAAUUCCCAGCUACAAAGUUCCUCAAAAGUGUCUCCACAGUAUGCAUACCGAACUACCCCGACAAAAAUCUACCAACAAUAUUUAUCUACUACGAGUCUGACCUCAAAAAGCAGUUUGUUGGACCUCUUGUGUUUGGUGGAACAAACAUAAAACAGGAUGAACUGGAGUGGAUGUUGUCACAAGCUGGUGCUGUUAAGACGGAGUUGGAGGCUCCACCUAAGAAAGAGAUCAAAGACGUUAUGAACAUUGCUAUCCGACAGAGCGCAAUAAAUCAGGGCGAUAGUGACGAUGACGACUAAACAAUUUUUUUUAAUUUUUUUAAAAACACUUGAUGCAGUUUUAUUAAUGUUUUUAAAAUCAGGAAGCCAGAUAAGGUUUUGAGGUAUUUCAUCAGAAUGCCAAAAAUCAGAGACGCGGUUGCUAUGACUACACGAAGCUGCUGGCGACCGCAAGUCAUUUAGAACCUUUUAUCAUCAAUUUUACCCAUGAAAGGACCAAGUUUCCUGGCAGCUCGUUUGAAAUCGCAUAUGAAGUACAAAUACAUUUGCAGAAUGAUUUGCAAAGUUCCGUCACUCUUUACUGCUUAAAAUGUUUGUCAGACCGUAACAGCAGGUCAGAAAUGGACAUUAGUUUGGCAUUAUUAUUCUGUUGGUCAGGGGAGAUAAUCAUAAGUGUCAGGGGAGAUAGGGAGAUAAUCAUAAGUGUCAGGGGAGAUAAUCAUAAGUGUCAGGGGAGAUAGGGAGAUAAUCAUAAGUGUCAGGGGAGAUAAUCAUAACGUUUCAAGGGAGGUAAUAAUAACAUGUUUCAAGGGAGGUAAUCACAAGUGUCUGGGGAGGUAAUAAUGUAAUUCGAGGACUGUUUAUUCAAUGUAAAUUAUUGGACAUGUUUAUUGUUUAUUGUAAUAUUUUGAGAUUAUGCGGUGAAAAAGGGAGAUAAUUAUACAUGCAUGUUAUGUGAUAAUCGGAGUAGUCCGGCAAAGGAAUUGGUUAUGUUGGUCAAGGGACGUAAUCAUAAAUGUGCAGGGGAAAGAAGAUAGAAUAUUUUAAUUGUUUUUUGUUGUAAUUUUAUAUUCUCUUGCGAUUAUCUUCUAUCAUGCAUUCAUGGAAGACGGUCGUACAUGAAAUUCAAGGGAGACAACUAAUGGAGUCAGAUGUUGUCAUAGGCACAUGAAGCAAUAGGAUUUUUUUAAAAACUGCUUGUAAUAUCAAGGGAAGGAUAACAUGCAUGUUGUGGAGAAUAACUGUAAUCAUGUUUAUGUCAUUUAUUCAGUCUAUGGUGGUAAAACUAUUUAUUACAGUCGUACUUUAGAAUGUAAUCAUUCAAGAAAGCUCAUUAAUUUGGUGAACAUCAAGAUUCAACAUAUGGUGGUUUGAGAAAGCUCAUAACUUGAUGAAUAUUGUGUUUUAGCUUUCAACUGAUUUUCUUUGUAUAUUCAUGUUUGCCUUUAAUCAUUCAACAGUACCGUAGCACGAUUCACAAUGGAAUGAAUUUACUGUUAGUCAAUGUUUUUUUGAUAUGUGAAGUAUUUCAUUGAACAUGAUUGAAAAAAAAGCUAAUUUAUACAAAGUUUUAUUAGCUAACUACUGAAUGUUGUAGCCAUUUUGUAUAAAAAUUAACAGUUUGGAGGCUAAUUUGGCAGUGGGCAGGGUGAACCCUGCUCUAGCUUUGAAAACUUUGGUGGUGCUAUUAUUAAGCCAUCACAGAUAAGGUUGGGAAGUGUGGGGUUCGAAUCUCAGUACUGGUUCCAGCCCAGAGUAAUUGUUGAUGGCUCAGUGUGGAGACGUAAUACUUUACCAGAGCUAGCUGUGCCGCUUGCAAAAUUCGCCUGUCACGCAUUUUUAAGAACAGUUGGCGAAUUUAACAACUGGCGAAUUUUAUUUUAAUUUGGCGACAAAAAUAAAUAAAUUCCAACGCCAUAUAACCGUAAAUAAAAUGUGUUGAGUACAUCGUUAAAUAAAACAUUUCCUUCCUUGGCAUGGAAAAUAAUUAUGUAAUGACUGAUAUUUUGUUUUAAAAAUAACAUUAGGUUUUACAUUUUUGAGAUAAUUUGGUGAAAAUGUCUCGUCACCCAGAGCUAGCCCUGUUUUACAUGAACUGUCCUUCCAUUCAAAUGUCAGUUACCCAACUUUAAAUUCAUACAAACUGCCAGUCAUGUGAACUCUCUCUUACACUUUCUCAAAUUAAAAGUUAAAAACUUAAAUUUCAUUAGAAAUUUGUUUUGUAUAAUCGGUUACCUAGGUAGAAAUCAUUGGGAUAUGGUAAAGAAAUAUUUUGAAAUGUUGUCUCCAUUGUAAGGCAACUAAAUAACUGACCAACUUUAUUAUCGACAUGGUUCAACAUAACCUAGGUAAUAAAAGCCAUACAAAGCACACAUGAAAUAACAAGUGUUAUGACGUAAGUUUGGGAAGCAACGUCAUAACCCAGUCGCUAUGCAUAAAUUAGUGAAUGGAAACUGUCACAAAUACUGUUUACAAUAGGAAUAGUUUUGUUUUAUUAUCCAUAUGGUUCAACAUAACCGAGUUUAAUAAUAAUCAUACGAAGCACACAAGUAAUAACAAGUGUAAUGACGUAAUUGUGGGAAGCGACGUCGUAACAUUAUUCUUCCACAAGACUAGCUCAGACUGUGCAUGUGAAAUAUGAUGUAAUUUUGUUGUCUCUUUCUAGUUGUGGUUGAAACAUUUUGUUAUUCAUAAAAAAAAAAAAAAUGAAUAUGAAUAAUAAUAAAAUUAUUACACUCGCGUGUGAAUCAUACUGAUUUUACGAAACUUGUGUCAGGAUUCAUGUAUUGUCUGAGCGAGAGCAAAAGUCCUGACACUAGUUUCGUAAAAUCAGUAGUACGACACACAAGCUUGUAUAAUAAUCUCUAUUAAUGACAUAAUUUUGGGAAGUAACAUCAUAACAGUCCCCAGUACUAGUUUAGACUGUGCAUGUGAAAUAUAUUGUCAUUUCAUCGUCUCUUUGUAGUUGCGUUUGAAACAUUUUGAGACGGCCCUUUUUAUUCAUAAAAAAAAAAACAACAGUAAUAAUAUGAAUAAUAAAAAAAUUAUAACACUUGCCUGUGAGUCGUACUGAUUUUAUGAAACUUGUGUCAGGAUUCAUGUAUUAACAUCACUCUCGUUCGAGCAAUACAAGAAUGCCGACACUCGUUUCGUAAAAUCAGCACAAGACAAAAGCUUGUAUAAUAAUCUGUUAUCUACCAGACCAAGAAGAUAGCUGAAAUGAGUGCCUGGACAAUAUGUGCUAUAAUCACGUAAAUAAAACCGAAUGAUGAGAUCAUAAUUAACUAGUCUUUGGCAAUCUUAUAUACGAGUAUAUAUGACGUUUGUUACAGACUAUGUAAUGUUUCCAAGUUGGGAAAUAUUAAAACUGGGUUGAAAUCACAUACUGUCAUCUCGAA